UUGGCAAGGAUCUCGAAAGACGUCGCUACUGGAAGAGAAUUCUUUUAGUUCUUAAAACUUAAAUCUACCGUCUGAUAUCCAGGAUUUAUAGUACUUACGCUGUCCUUUUCAGCGUGUUUGUUUAAAUAGUCAUCCACUUUGUUGGCUGAUUAGUUAGCCAUUUGGUUUCUCAUUUAGCGAGGGUCAUCCAAAAUGGAUGACAGCAAGAUAGUUGGUGGAAAAGUGAAAAAACCUGGAAAGCGUGGCCGUAAACCUGCCAAAAUUGAUCUGAAGGCGAAGCUGGAGCGAAGUAGACAGAGUGCAAGGGAAUGUCGUGCCAGAAAGAAGUUACGGUAUCAAUACUUAGAGGAGCUGGUGUCUAGUAAGGAGAGGGCCAUCUGUGCCCUGAGAGAGGAACUGGAAAUGUACAAGCAGUGGUGUUCUGCCAUGGACCAGGGAAAGAUCCCCUCUGAAAUCAAAGCUCUCCUGACUGGAGAUGAUCAGAAGAUGCCCCAAAGUACCAGCACUAAAACACCCAAAAAUGGAAAAUACAGCUCCAGUGGUAACAGUCAAAACAAAUCUGCUUAGGUAGAGGACUGACCACUCCUUAAUAAAGCGGUCAGUGGGAUUGAUAACUAAUGGCAUGGAAUGUUCCAAGGCAGGUUUCCUUGUAAAAUCGUCUGUUCAUUUCAGUUCAGUCGUCAAACCCAACAGUCACACUGUCAGAGCGUUUCAUUCAGACACAUGACGUCAUUGAAGGAAAAGGGGAGAGGAGUAACCAUUAAUAGCGUAAUAUGAAUGUAUACAGUGUUCCUUCUUUCAAAUCCACUCCUAGUUGGACCCAUUUGUUUUGACAUCGUUAUUACAUAGUGUUUGAGGAUAUUGGGUGUAUUGCUGUGUAUUACUUAAUUUAACAUUGUUUCUCUUACACUAUAAAUUAUUUGUGUGAUGAAUGUAAUUUACAUUUUACCCGUUGUUAUUGACACCAACUAUUAUGAUCUCACAAGAACUGUACAAUAAUGGUCAUGAAAUUGAGAAUCAUGUAUAGCUCUGUUCUGUCCACAUUCUGACACAUGGCAUUGUCUGAUAUUUGAUUUUUUGUCCUCUCAACAUGCAUGUCCUUAUGUUAAUGAUAUUUAAUUUUUCAAACUUAGUCUUUCAGUCUCAACUCUAUUUUGAACAUUGUCCUAUUUGGAACAUGAUUUUGGAGAGGGUGUACUUGUACACAUAUUACGACCUAUGUGUAACUGAAAGUCUUACAAAAAAAACAGACAACAGGCAUUUAGUAUGUAUCAGAGUUCAUGCCAAAAUCCAAUAUCUUCUUUGUCAGCACUUUAUAUCAUUUCUCCUAAUUUCAUUGUAAGGAAGAACUGAUCAUCCUUAGGGGAUUCUUUAGAAUCCAUUUUUGUAAUUUAUUUUGUAAAUG